AAACAAUGCGGAUGCCUGUAGCUGCAAAAUUGGCACGACAGCUAUAUCAAGAACGAAUUAUUGAAUUGAAACAAUUGAUUAAGGUCCAAGAAGAGAAUUUUCGAAAGGUUGUUACGGAAAUUGACGAAAUCCGUACUGGGCCUUCAAGUGGUGUAAUUGUACCACUUCCUCCUGUUGUCUCUCAACAAGAAGUAAAACAACCUUCGCAACAGAUUAUUCCUGCUCUUGCCAGUGAAUCAGGGUCAACGCAAGCUAUCACGCCAAGUACUUUGCAGCAACAGCACCAGCAUGCUUUUAAUGUUCCUAUAAAACAAGAAGCAUCUACAUCAGCCUCUGUUUCGGGCUCUUCCGCCGAAAUUCACAACGUGCAAUUAAAUCAAGCUAUUCCCGAAACGAUAAACCAAAAUGUUUUUUCUUCAGAUACUGUUCAGAGAGAAAGCCAAAUAGAUAAAAUUGUGGAUAUUAAUUCUAAUAAAAGCUCAACAAAUACUUUAUUUAUUCAACAAGAACAAAUUAAGGCAGAGGAUAUAUCUCGAAAAAAUAUAGAAAAGCCCGAUAUUAUAAUAUCAGAAGCUGUAACCUCAAAGAAUGAAGUGGAAAUAAAUUCCAGUAAAGCCUUUUCAUCUGCCCGUGAGUUGGCCUCUUUAACUUCUGAAGGGGACAAAAUUGAGACUUUGAUAUCUCGAGAUACCAGCAAUUUGCCUAGUGAAUCUGGAAUCUUUGACAUUCCCACUACAGAGAUUUCAUAUCAAUCAAUUGAUGGGGAUAUUAAAUCAGAUGAGACGAAUCAUAUCACUAUGAAUGCGGAAUCUUCUCUAAUUGGUGUCGGCGCAAAUAAUGCACAAGAUGAAAUAAAUCCUCAAGAUUUUUCAUUUAAUCGUGAAUUUCUUGAAACUAUAGAAGAAGAAUCGCCGAUGCAGGGAGGCGAGCUCGUUAAGCAGAUUGAAAACUCUGUUUCAACAUCGCCUGUUGUGUUAGAUGAUAGUAAACUAAUUGAGCAGACUGAACCGAUAAUAUCAAUAGAGAAACAAAAUGAUUCGAGACUUUUAGAACCGGGAAAUAACAAAGAAGGUAUUGACACUACAAAAUAUCUAUUUACUCAAACUUCAAAUACAUUUUCUGCGGAUUCAUCGCUACAGUUAGAAGGGGGUCUAAGCAAGAGCGAACAACUAAAGAAAGAUAUAAUUACAAAUGAAGUAGCUACUAUGAAAACUAAAGAAGAAAUAUCUCUCGAGCGAUCAUAUGAAGGGAAAGCUACGUCGCAGAUUACUCCUGGAGUUGAUUUUGAUUCUAUGGAUAUAGAUAGCAGCCAACCUAUUAGUGUCAGACGCACAUCUUCGCAUGAAAUAAUUAAACCACAGCAGAAAGUUAAUGUUGAUAGAGAACUGCCGAAACAAGGAUUCGUUAAAAGACUUAUCAAAGAAUCAUCGUAUACCCCAUUAGCACCAUCAGAUUUUGAAACACCUCUUACUAUUGACGGAGAUGCUGAAGAGGUUGAAAAAAUAGAUGAUAAUGCGAUGGAAGUUGAUCAGAAUGAGGAUAUCUUUAUCCAAGGAAAAGUAAUUGAAAAUAAUAGUCUAGAAAAUAAACAAGCAUUUGGCGGUAUUGACGCCCCAUCGAGAUUAUAUCUCUUUAGUUCAAUUGACGCACCAAAAACUUCAUUUAACGAAGAUGGUCAAGUUGCCGAGGAACUACAAGCUAUGUCAAACAUUAAUGUUUCUACACAACCCAUUGAAUUAGUUGAUGACAUACUUCGAGAGCAAGCAUCUGUUAAAGAGGAGCCAAGUGAUGAUGAUGAUGUUCAAAUGGUAGAUGUCUAUUCUGACGUGGAAGAUUCUCAUAGACAAGAAUCAGAAAAGAGUGUACAGGAUGUACAAGAAAAGGGAAUUUCUCUAAUAGAAACUUUUACAGAACUAUCAAAAGAAAGUCCAACCGAAUCUAAGGAAAAAGUUAAUUUAGUUGAGUUUGGUGAUGUAGUGGCUAUCCCUACUGCAACAAAACAUGCUGAGUCUAGGAAACAGGAUGUGAGUUCUGUAAGAAUAAGAGAAACAAUAAGCUCCAUUGAAACUAAAGAACAAACCAUUUCUGGGGAGCCCAAAAAAAUCGACAAUCUCGUUGAACCUAGUGAAUCAAUUGUUAUAAACAAAGAGUUUGAGGUAAAAAUGGAAGAAACGGAACAUGAUGUGGUUGCCGAAUCAGUUGGAUCGAUUAAUUCGCUUGAAUUAAAGCAAGCAUCUAGUUCUUCGGAAUCAAAGGAGAUGGCUGAAAUAAAAGAAAAUUCCGAAAAACCAAAAGAGAUAUCUAGUCCUAAGGAAGCGGUGAGCCCUACUUCUUCAUUUAAAGAUCCGCCUAGUGUAAACGCUUCGACACCCUCUGCAGAUGCUGGGGUUACUCCACACUCCGUUAGCGAAACUCCUAGUGCAGACAUAUCUGAGAGCGUUUCAGCAGAAAAAAGACAUAAAACGUGGCAACGCCUUGUGAACAUGCUAUUACAGGAAUUUGCUAACCAUCGUUAUGCGGGUCUAUUCCAAAAUCCAAUUCGUGAAAUAGACGCUCCCGGUUAUUAUAACAUUGUAAAACAACCGAUGGAUUUAAAGACUAUUAAAAAACAUAUCCGGGAAGGGAUUAUCACUGAUACGGAUAAAUUUGAACGCGAUGUGAUGUUAAUGUUCAUGAACGCGUUAGUAUUCAAUCGAGAAACGACUGAUGUUCAUAAGAUGACGGUUUCGAUGAGAGAUCAGGUUGAGAAAUUGCUUAAAGAGUUUAAGCAAAGUGAAAACUCGCGUGGUGGAUAUGAACCUACCACGAGAAGAAAAAGCAUGGCGUCUGUUGAUGGGUCACGGAAGCGAAAAGGCUCCAAGUUCCAAGAAGGAUGA